UCCGGACUCCAGAUCCAAUGUGUUUUCUUUUCCAGUGUUGGAAAAGCAAACUUGUUGGCUCCGAUGACCACAAUGCGCUUGGGCCCACAUCAUCAAUCGGUCUGAAACACAUGCGAGAGAGCCCCCGACGAUCUUACGUUAGUACCGAACAUGGGGGACAAUUUUCCGGUGUAGUGUUUCGGUUGAUCGCUGGAUGCAAGUUACUCACCGUUUGAGGUGCGCACGCUCAACGUCAAAAAUAAUUUUCAACGUCCCGUUCCUCUGCCCAACAUUUUACACCAGCGUAAGGGCCGCGCAGACCCGAGCCUCGCAAGUGACACUGGCUUAUUUUUAGCCUCCCCGUGCUCGGACUGUAUACCAUCCCGUCUUUCGUGCAGUCUAUCAGUAAACACGUCUGCUGUUACGCGUGGUUUUGUGAAGUUUUAGGAAUUCCGCGACUUGAAACUCAAAACUCCGAGAAUUUCAGGAUUACUGACGUCCGAUUAGGUGUCCCCAACGAGGAAGGUCAGGUGUCAAACGAGUAAGAUAGCACAUUAAAACCGGGCGGGAUAGAAUCAAUUGAAGUCCACUCCUGUCAAUAUGUACAUAUGCCCUUUGUGCAUGAAGACCGAUUUCCCGUCCCUAGACUCGCUCUGCUUCGAACUGACGAAGGUUACGAUCAAACACAUCCAAUGCCCCGUCUGCGCUGAAACAGUCCUGGGUUUAGACAAGUACACAAUUCACCUAUACUCACACUUGCUGCAGAAAGAAAACCAGUCGAAAAAUAAAACCAGCGAAACCGUAACCCUGAACGUGCUCGUGAAGAACAUGUGCAGGGUUUUAGAUCCGCAGGCUGUGAGCCCAACGCCGGGAGUCGAUGCCGCAGACUUCAUCACCAAGAACAAAGAUAUCGUCGACUUCUCCCUUGUCGAAAAGUCGGACACCCAUGUCGCUCGUCGAAAUGGUGACGCAGACAGAGCUUUGAGAACAAGCCCCCGAGUCGAACAAUCCAAAACCAAUCCUCGAAGUGUUCUGCCCGGUUUCGCUCAAGAACUCCUUCCGUCCGUCGAGAAACUGAGCAGCAUAGUCGCUCAAAAUUUUCCGACCCAACCUCUUGACGCCCCCAAAUUGCAUUUCCCCGUGACUUGUAAAGAGAGUCGCGACAUUUCUAUUUCUCCGAGUCAUUUCACUCGUGCAAACCGGAGCGCACCCGUUGUUUUGGGGUUCUCCUCAAACGCCGCCCUACCUGCAGGAGAGUCAAACGGAAUUGUUGCUCCUAGCUUCGCGCACUCAAAGGACCCGCCAUUGUUGGCUGAAGUUGUAACUGAGAAACCCGCCGCGGAGGGAAAGUCGCCCGUGGAAGUAAAUCCAAGUUUUUUUUUCGUUCUGCCCGAGACCAGCGAGAGCGGCGCUCGGCUCGGGAAUCCUCAUCCCGAAUUCAUGACGAUCGAGAGUCAAGCGAAAGCAACCGUCGACAGUCGCCACGAGGAAGCGUUUUCCGGAGAGCUUCCCGCGAGGUGCGACUCGGCGCCUCGAGGGAGCAACCACAGUCCCUUCGAGUUCGAGGAGUUCAUCAAGCUGAAGCCGGCGGACGCUCCGAAAGACGAGCGGAAGCCGUUCAAGUGUCCCCAGUGCAGUUUCGCCUUUCCGGACGUCGGCAUCCUGAAAAUGCAUCAGCAGUUGGUCCACAAACAGGAUCCCCCCGGCGUCGGCAGAUGCGACAAGAAGGUGUACUGCUGCCAGUACUGCAACAAGGGCUUCAAAAUGAAGGGCAGUCUCCUGGUCCAUCACCGUGUCGCACACAAGCAUCUUUUCCCAGAUCUGGAAAAAAGUUCCAAAGCAAGAGGCUCGGAGGGAGUGAAUAGUCCGGAAAAUCUUGGACCAACGGAAUACGAGCACCAGUGCAAUAUUUGCUCCAAAACCUUUAAAAAGGAGCAGUUCCUAUCUCAACACUAUAAAACUCAUGAGAGUAAACAAUGGGAGUGCGAUGUUUGCUCAAAAAGUUUUACCACCAAGUACUUUUUAAAGAAACACAAGCGUUUACAUACCGGCGACCAACGAUACUUCUGUGAACUCUGCAACAGGUCGUUUACAUUCCAACAAUCUUACCGCAAGCAUAUUUUAUAUCAUUCCGACGAGAAACCGUAUCCGUGCACUACUUGUGGCCGCACCUUUAAGGAAUUGUCAACUCUCCACAACCACGAGCGCAUUCACACAGGCGAAAAGCCCUACUCCUGUGAGACAUGUGGCAAAAGUUUUCGGCAAAGGAUCUCAUGUCUAGUUCACAGUCGCAUCCACACAGGUGCCAUGCCUUACGCUUGCACAGCCUGCCACAAGAAGUUCCGGUACAAGGGCAGCGAAAAGUCUCACAAAUGCCCUGUUUCUCCGCCUGGUCAAAUUGUACUCUGUGAUACUGAAAAGAAAUCUACCAGUUUGUUGUCUUCCAUUAAGCAAAAACUUUCCGUCCGAAAUCCUGCUCCAGAGAGCAACAGUUCGCGGCCUCUCAGCGAUUCACAGGCCAGCAGCGGGGUAAGCCCACAAUCGAAGGCGAUGAGCCCGCUCCAGCCCUCACCGCAGUAUUUCAUCCUCCUGCCAAUGGCCGAGGACUGCCCUCCUCCGAAAAGUCAACUCGAUGUGAACCCGGGGCCCUCGCUGACGAGGAAGGACGAGACCAGUCAUCCCUGCAGCAACGCAGGGCAGGAAGCCCAACGGGCUGAUCAGACCGGUGCGAAAAAUAUUUCGGCCUACGAUGAUUCGGUCCGAAUCGCCGCCCCUGACUUCUUCUCGGAUCCGGAUGAGCUCUUCGCCUCGUUAACGUUUUCUCCGUGAUUGAAGUGUGAAAACUGCCGGAGUCCUUCCGGGAAUACCGGGAAAUGUCAGGGAAGUUUAAAAAGUCAGGGAAAAUCGGGAAA